GAAUAUGCAUUCUAUGCUACAAAAACACCAAUCCUGUUUGAAAACCAGUUUUUAUUUUGGCUUUGAUUUGGCGGCGGACAACGAACAACGAACAACGGUUUCCAGCUGGUCCAGAAUUCUCGAAUGCGCGCCGUGACGUCGCCGCGUUGAAUAGUGGAUUUGGCCAAGAAGAGACUUUGGCCGAGACUUCGCCUCUAUCAAUAGAAGUUUUUCAUUUGGUUUACCGUUAGGCGGCGGGUCUAGUUUGCUGUUGUUGUUGUUGUUGCUGCUCUCGAGUGGGCAGCGCCAGCGGAGCGUGCAUCAUCUGGGUUUAGAAAGCCAGAGAAUCCAUCGUAUAAGCCACAGCCGACAGUGGUCUCUCCAUCUUUGGCUCUGAAAUAAAUCAAGAAAAAAUCGAGAGAUAAAACAGCAAGAAAAAAGCAGUAACAGCAAAAGGCUUAAUUAAAUUUAAAGCACACACUUAUGGCCAGACUUCACAGAUUGACCGACUUCUUGUAGCGAGACCGACAAAAUUUUAAAACCGUUAAUUGAUUUGUUUAUUUGUUGUUUAAAUUGUUGCGGAAAAUUGGAUAAAUACUUCAGACGGAAAUGUAAAUCAAACGAAAUAACUUUGGCAGCUUGUUUGCAUAUAAUUAUGUGGCGUCAUUUCUUUUUAAUUAAAUAUAAAUAUGGACAAAAGUGGUUUCGAAUGCUUCAAAUCAAAUGCUUUUGAAAAACACUCUUCAAAAAUAUUUUUUUUGAGAAUUCCAAUUUUGUAUUCCAAUAACCAAAGUCGAAAAACAACUAAAGAAUUUCCUUUGAUAUAUCGCCACAAAAAAAUGUGUUUACAAAUUAAAGAAUAAAAAUUAUUAAGUUUUUUGAGUACAAUCGUAAUUAUUACUUGUGGCAUUCCAGUCAGAGUUUUAAUUUUUUUGGGAAAACCACACGGAAACAUUCCAGUGGCAAACAGGUUGCCAUAAAGCCGAGAGCAACAACAACCACGCCAAAAGGGAAAAUCAAACACGUGCACAGAACGGAAAAGGUUACCAACACAAAAGCAACAACAGAAAAUAAAAAAUAAAAAACGCAAACAGAAGCGGUAACAGCAUUAAGUUAUUCCUUUUAUUUCAUUUAAACACAGAAAAAUAAACCAAAUUUUUAAACCGCGCGAUAACUGAAAAAUAAAAAAAGAUUCGAGCAUAAAACGGGAAAAAUAAAAAAACGGAUAAAGGAAUUUCAAGCGUUUGGCAUUUUGUCAACCAGUAAAGGGCCAAGUGACGAUCAAAAAAAAAAAAGGAAAAAACCAGGGAGAGGCGCACAAGUGGCUGCAACAAAGAGACCCCCGAACCACGAAGCCCGCGACCUCUGACACCCCGAAAAAAAAAAUAAAUAAAAUCUACCUUUGGCCGGAAAACGCUUGUUUUAGCACGUGAGCAAAAGGGACGGGACGAGUGCGAGGGAGGGAGACAGGGACAAGAACCAACAGCAACAACAACAAAACAAACAGCUCUAUGCCGGCACCAAGAUGAGACCAGGCCGAACGACAAAAGCAACACCAGCAGCGACCACGCCCCUGCUCCCGGUGCUCCUGCUUCCGCUUAUCCUGGGAACGGCCCACCUGGCCCACGCCCAGUGUCCUUGGCAGAGGGAUGUGCCCGACCUGCAGACCAGCUGCAUCUGCGCCUACAAUCUGGGCAGGGAGCUCUCCGUGCAAUGUGAUCAGGUGGACUUCCCCCAGCUCCUGGAGGCGAUGAACACCCACGCGCGGCUGAAACCCGUGGACUUGCUCUACGUGAACAACUCGACGAUUUCCGAGCUGCCGGAGGCCAUUUUCAGCAAUUUAAGUCUGCACAAUGUGCAACUUUCGAGCUGCGGCAUUCGGAGCAUAGCCACGGGUGCCUUUAAGGGGCAGGAAUCGGUGCUGAGGAAUCUCAACCUGCAGGAUAACCUCCUGGCCGAUGUGCCAGUGGAGGCGCUAAAGGUCCUGGGCAAACUGAACCUGCUGGACCUGUCGAAAAAUCAGCUCAGUCACAUUCCCGACGAUGCCUUUGUGGGUCUAACGAAGCUAUCGACCCUCAAGCUGAACGACAACAAUGUUACCCUGGCUGCGAAUGCCUUUCGGGGACUGGAACAGAGUCUCAAGAACCUAAAUCUGAAGGGCACCAAACAGAAGAAGGUGCCAGAGAGCAUUCGAGGUCUCAAGAGCCUGGCUUUUCUCGAUCUUUCGCAGAAUGGCAUCAAAGAACUGCCGGGAUCGGGUGGAAUUCGGGUCUUUGAUGGCCUGGAUGCCCUGACUGCCCUGAAUCUGGAGAGGAAUCUCAUCCAGAGCAUCGGGGAAACGGCUUUCGCCGGUGUGCGAAAAACCCUGAGUUCACUGAGUUUGCUCAACAACCUGCUGGCCGAAUUCCCCAUCGGCGCCGUUCACUCGCUGAAGGAACUGCGUGUCCUCGACAUUGGCUUCAAUCUGCUGACCACUCUGCCCGAGGCAGCCUUCCGGGGAAAUCCGGGCAUUACGCUGCUGGCCCUCGAUGGAAAUCCUCUGAGCAGCGUGCCCGAAGGCGCCUUCGCCCACCUGAACGCCACUCUGCGAGGCCUUUCCCUCGGAGGCAGGUUCCUCCAUUGCGAUUGCAAGCUGCGCUGGGUGGCCGAGUGGAUUCGCAAUGGUGACUUGCAGGUUACAUCACGCGAACGGAAUCCCCAGUUCUGUGGCACCCCACCGCGCUUCCGGGACCGGGGCUUCUACUCCAUUCAGCCGGAGGAGCUGAGUUGUCCGGACAUCGCCGACACCGCCCUCCGCGGACCCGUCGGCCUGGCCGACAACCUGAAGCCAACACUCGCCUCCUCGCCAGAUUCCGUAGAAUACGAAACUGGCGAGGGAACGGGGACGGGUACAGUGGGCACUGGCACCGCCGCCUCCGCUCCGGUGACCAGCAGUGUGAGCAGCUCCACCUCGACAACGACGGCCACCACAACCACAACGACCACCACACCGGAGCCAACGACCAAGAGGAGCACUACUCGACCUCCCACCAAGACGACGACCACUUCAUCGGCCGCCACAAGCUCCCCAGCCACGAAUCUCUCUGUAAAUGGAACCGGAACCGUCCAGGCCACCUCCAUCACCACGAGCAGCAGCUCCUCCUCCUCCUCGUCGUCGUCCUCCUCCCAUGGCAACAGCAAACAGGCACCUGGAUGGCGCCAGGGAGUGACCAAUGGCAACGGCAACGGCGGAGGAACCGGAGGUCUCCACAAGCCGCAGAGGCCACCACUUGUCCUCGGUUAUCCGCCACAAAGGGGCACUCGCAUCGACGAUGCCAACGAGGUGCAGGUGAAGCACGCCUUCCGGCAGGACAGCUCCGUGAUCAUCCAGUGGGAUUCGGACACGGCGAAUAUCCUGGGAUUCCGCGUGGUCUACCGACUGUUCGGUGAGAAGGCCUUCAAGCAGGGACCCCCACUGGAGUCCAGCGAACGCGAGUUCAAGAUCAAGAACGUGCCCGCCCAGGAGUGCAUCAUCGUGUGCGUCAUCUCGCUGGAGGAGCUGCAUGUGACCCCCGAAACAGUUCCCUACCAGCAGUGCCGGGAAGUCCGAACAGUCGCCUCGCAGGCCUCCAACAUGGACAAGAUAACAAUUGCGGCCAGUGCCGCGAUUUGUGGCACCAUCAUCGUGGCCGUGAUUGUCUUCAUCGCUGCCAGCAGACGCUCCCGCAAACUGCAAAACAGCCAGCAGAAGAGUCCGCUGCCAAUUGGAGGUCUGCCCGUUAAUUGCUGCGGUCCAACCGGUUCACCGGGACCACUUGGCUCCAUUGCAACGCUAUCGGCAUUUAACAAUCACAAGGAAUGGGACCAAGUCUCUGCCUACAGUGGCCGCUCGAUACCGCGGCCCAGGAUUUAUCCCGUGGAACAGCCGGACGAUAUGCGCAGUCACUUUUCCGGAAUGCCAGGAAAAGUGGGCAAGUCAAGAUCCCUGGCGGACGGACAGUCGCAGCACAGUUUCUCGAAUAAUUCGCAUCGCGGCUACUUGGGCAGUGCCUUCCCCUCGAAUCUGGUGAAUUCCCGCCCCGAAUUGCGGCAAUCCCGGCAAUCCUUGGCCGCCGCCUCGGAGCGAAUGUCCCGGGCUUCCUAUGCCGGAUCGAUACACGGCGGUGGAAACGGAGGAGGAGGCGGAGGAGGGGGUGGGGGGGGCGGCGGUCUGCCCGUGAGCAGCCUGAUGGCCAUGAGCGGAAUGGUCGGCGGCGGCGGACCGGCGAGCAUCGCCUCCAGUGCCCGGCGAUCGAGGCCGCGUUCCAGAUCCCGCGAGCAACUCAAUGCCACCCACAUUCACAACCAUCGACCGGGAAGUCGAUACUCGCAGGCGGGAUCGACGCACACGCUGAACAACUAUUGCGAUACAUCGGACAACUGGACGGAUCACGAUAUGGACAUCUAUAUGGCCCGCAAUCCGACCACGCGAAACGGUUUAGUGCCAUUAUGAGGGCGACUCACGUUGUCCUGAUAUUUCAAUGUUGUAUUAAACUGGGACGGCAUCUUCUGACAAUAUCUGACGCCGGCCAUUGGGGGGCAGGAAGGCAGGGGGCAUGGUCGGCGUCAGCAGCAGCAACAGCAACAACAUCAGCAGCAACAGCUACAACAGCAACAUCAGCAGCUACAGCAG